AAGCCACACGCGUCCAUCGGCAAAAGAAUGCAACGUGCUGCCCCAGAUCACAUAAUUCCAAGUGUUUGACCCAAUGUGUGUGUGAGUUUGCAACAGCCAGAGAAAGAGGAUAGAGAGAGAGAGUGUGCCGGAGCCAGAUACAGAGCUGGAGUUGCUGCUGAAGUUGGAGUGGAAGUGGCGCUGCAGCCAAAUGAUGCCCUACAAUGUGCGCUCCGCCGGUGGCGGCAGCAUCGGUGGCAUUCUGCGCAAGACUGGAGCCGCUGCAGUUGCUCCCGGCGGAAUGUCUGCGGGGGCCAGCAACGGCAAUGGUGCGGCGACACUGGACGCACGCCAGCCGCCCCUGGAGCUGCUCGUCUUCGGCUACGCGUGCAAGAUAUUCCGGGAUGACGAGAAGGCCCGCGAACUAGACCACGGCAAGCAGCUGAUACCCUGGAUGGGCGAUGUAAAUCUCAAGAUAGACAGAUACGACGUGCGUGGCGCUCUUUGCGAUCUGGCCCCUUACGAAGCGCCACCUGGGGGCUACGGCAACCGCCUGGAAUACCUUAGCGCCGAGGAGCAGCGCGCCGAGCAGCUGUGCGAGGAGGAGCGCUAUCUAUUCCUUUACAACAACGAGGAGGAGCUCCGUCUGCAGCAAGAGGAGGACCUCAAGCGGCUGCAGCAGGAGACCUCCGGCGGAAACUACAGCCAGGUGGGCUUCCAGUACGAUGGCCAGGGCGUUGCGUAUUCUGCUGCUGGAGCUGCCUCUUCCACGACUGUGCCGCUCUCGCUCUCACCGGGGACCUUUGAGGAGAACGAACUGCCCUUUGUCCUGCCGCGCACGCUGCUCCUGGCCCUGCCUCCGGGAAUGCAGGUGCCCGAGACGAUGAAGCAACAUGCCAUCAUCGAGAAGACGGCCCGCUUUAUAGCCACUCAGGGCGCCCAAAUGGAGAUCUUGAUCAAGGCCAAGCAGGCAAACAAUUCACAGUUUGACUUCCUGACGCAGGGCGGCCACUUGCAGCCCUACUACCGCCACCUCCUGGCAGCCAUCAAGCAGGCCAAGUUCGCCCCCACGCCGGAGAGUGCCGCCAACGCCGAAGCAGAGCCCAGCUUCAGCUCUGGUCCGGAGAGCCAUAGCCAGCGCACAGGCACCGGUACGAGCACGUCCGGCCAGGUGGUCAUCAUGGUGCCCACCAUUAAGUACAAGCCUUCGGCCAACUGCGCCUACACGCAGCUCAUCAGCAAGAUCAAAGGCGUGCCCCUACAGACGGUGCUCGAUGACGAGCUGAGCACCACCAACUCGCAGCAUUCCGGAGGCACGGCAUCGCCCACGCCCAGCUGCAGGUCCGAGGGCCACAGCCAGCAGGGAGAGUUCACUCCCGUCCUGAUCCGCUACAAUGGCAGCACCUUCACCCACGAGGCGGAGGAGACUGACUCUCCGGUGCCUGAGGAGGAGAGCGCCAAUGAUGCACCGCCACAAGUGGAGCUGCUGAAGAACACGAGUGCUCUGGCCCUCGCCCAGAACUAUAGUUCGGAGAGCGAGGAUGAGCCGGGGGAAGAGGAGCCGACUUCGACGCCGUCGUCUGGGAAGGAGAAAGAAAAAGAGGCUGAAAAGGAGCCGCCAGCACCCGAGCCGGUGCUAACCUUUCCCGUGCCUGAGGAGAGCCUCAGGACAAUCAUCGAUAAGACGGCCACGUACGUGAUCAAAAACGGACGCCAGUUUGAGGAAACGCUGCGCACGAAGAGCGUGGAGCGGUUCGGCUUCCUGCUGCCGCAGAACGAGUUCUAUCCGUACUACCUGUACAAGGUCACCAACGACGUGGAUGCCGCCUCCAAGGAGGAGAAGACGCGCAAGGCGGCCGCCGUGGCCGCAGCGCUCAUGAGCAAGAAGGGACUUAGUUUUGGAGGAGCUGCAGCUGCGGCAGGGAACGCAGCAGAUAAGGCUCCCGUUUGCUUCUCCAUACGCGGCCGCGACGAUCAUGGUCCGCUUCCGGCUGCUUUGGCCCAAGAGGCCAGCGACGAGGAGGAGAUCAAGGCUGGCGGUGCGGCCGCGGCCAGUGCUGAGCAGGUCCGUGGCAUGCCGGACAGUGUGCAGCGUGCCAUUAAGCAGGUGGAAACGCAGUUGCUGGCUAGAAGCCAGAGGGCCGCUCCCAUUUCUCCGCAGAAGGAUCUGCGUCAGGCAGAGGAGCGGGUUAAGGACAAACUGGCGCUGAUUGCCCGCGACAAGCUGAACGGCAUGGUCUCCAAGGAGAAGCAGCUGCAGCUGGAGAGGAAACGCAAGGCGAUGGCCUUCCUUAAUCAGAUCAAGGGUGCUUCAGGCGGUUCUGUGGCCAGUUCUGCUGUUCCCAGCUCGAAGUCCAAUAUCCUCGAAGAGGCCUGUGGCGAUGCUGCGGGGGACAGCGACAACGAGUCCAAUGAGUCCGUGCGCUCCAUACCCAUCACUUACUUCGGACCUGACGACGACGAAGAUGAGGAGGAGCAGAAGCCGGAGAACGACCACCAGGACGACGAAGAGGAGGAGGAAGACGGCGGUGAUCUGGAGAAAUACAAUCUGCUGAACGACGACAGCACGAAUACUUUCACCAGCAAACCGCCGCCGCCCCCGCCACCAGUGCAGACCGCAGCUCCCCCUCCGAAGCCGAUUGUUUCCGUGGCUUCAGCGGCCGUUCUGCUAUCGGACGAUGACGAUGUUCAACUGGUGCCCGCUGCCUCGCCAGCGCGCCCCGGCGCCUCCAAGGCCUCCCGCCAUCGAAAGACCCACCGCAGGAGCAGGAGUCGCAGCAGCAGUUCUAGCAGUAGCGAUUCCAGCCGCAGCUCCAGUCGGCGUAAGAAGCGCAGGGCCGUCGAGGAGGUGUCUGCCAGUGCCAGGAAACAGCGACGACGACGCAGUCAGAGUCGCACCUCUAACCGCAGCCAGUGCGUGCGUCAGAGCCAGACGCAAAGCCACCGCCAGAAACAGCGGAGCAGAAGCCGGCACAGGAGUCGCAGUCCCAGGCGGCGACGAAGCCCCAGCCAGAGCAGGAGCAGGUCAAGAAGCAGUCGCAGUCGUAGCUCCAGCAGCCGCAAAGAACGCAGGAAUCGCCAGCACCGGGAAGAGUCGCGCCAGAACCAACGAUGCUCGCCCAAGAAGAGCCACAAGCGACACAAGCGGCGACGGCGCAGCAGCUCCCCUUGACACCGAUUCCCUUCAACUCGUUUUGUAGCUAACUUUUAAUUCUAUCAAAAUAUACAUCGAUUUUUUUGGAAAAAUA